AUGUCCCACUCUCAGGGUAACGUGCAGCCGGCAACCGACACCCUGCAGAGAACCCUACUUGUGAUGCUUAACUUGGGAGAGGGGAAAGUACAUAUAGUACUCGACGCCAUGGACGAAUGCAGCGAAAGGCGCGACUUGAUUCGUUUUGUCAAGGACGUGGUCACGGACGAUAAGCUCAACACCAUCCAGCUAGUCGCUACCGGUCGACCAGAGCAAGAUUUCCUAGGUAAAUUCCCACGCAUAGUCGCCGAAGGGAGCUGCAUAGCCCUCGGCAUAGCGUCCAUAAGCUCCGACAUACGAUCGUAUGGGACAGAAAUAGUCGAGAGCGCAGAUUUCGAGAGAGGGAGCGAGCAAGAGGAUGCGAGGAAGAAGACCUGCCAUGGCGUUGAGCAAAGCAAGUGGAAUAUAACACGACUCUGCCCAAGCCUAGUCUCGAUCGUCGACUCUACAGACGGUCAGCUCCAGGAUUCCUCCGACACGCUGGUGGCGUAUGAACUACAUAUAGCCCAUCCAUCCGUCAAGGAGUACAUCCUAGGAAAGGAGGGCUUCGGGAUUAGGCAGACCAGCGUCCCUAUGACGCUGCGUUAUCCUACCCACCUUGAUAUCAUGGAAGAUGCUGACCUAGCCUCCACGUGUAGAUCCCCGUUCGCAACAUUGGCGGCCGCCACAUGCCCGAGCAACUCCGGAUCGUCCGAGCAGCUGAAGGAAUCUGCAGCGGAGACCCUCACAUUUCUAAGAGAGAUGACGACAUGCAGGCUUUGGACAGAGGCCAACGGAAGGCUGCGGUGA